AUGGCAAAUCGCAUCCAUACCCUCUCUGUGCGGUAUGAAAAGGCUCUCGUCAUUGGCGUGGGCGAGUUCUGCGGCACAUUCAUGUUCUUGCUUCUAUCUUUUAUGGGAGCGCAAGUGGCUCUUGAUAACAAUCCAACCGGCCAGCGGCCAGAUCCAGCCACGCUGCUGUACAUUGCCUCGUCGUUUGGAACUGCGCUGGCAGUGAACGUGUGGGUGUUUUACCGUGUUACAGGAGGCAUGUUUAACCCUGCGGUCACCCUAGGACUCGUCUUGGUCGGAGCCGUAAAGCCUCUCCGAGCACUCAUCAUCGUGCCGACGCAAAUCGUCGCCGGCAUCGCCGCCGCCGCCGUGGUCUCAGGCCUGCUGCCCGGGCAUCUCGACGUGACAAACAGCCUCGGCAGCGGCACCAACACGGCGCAGGGCCUCUUCAUCGAGAUGUUCCUCACGGCGCAGCUCGUGCUGACGGUGUACUUCCUCGCCGUGGAGAAGCACCGCGCGACGUUCCUCGCGCCCGUGGGCAUCGGCGUCAGCGUCUUCAUCGCGCACAUGGCCGGCACGAACUUCACCGGCACGGGCAUCAACCCGGCGCGGAGCUUCGGCCCGGCGGUGGUGACGGGCAGGUUCCAGGCUUACCACUGGAUCUACUGGCUGGGGCCGUGCCUGGGCGCGCUGCUGUCGUUUGCGGUGUACACGCUGCUGAAGAUGCUGGAGUAUCAGAUUGCGAACCCGGGCCAGGAUGCGGGCGAUCCGGAGACGGCCAACGAGGAGGCGCUGGCGGCGGCGGAGAUGGGGCAGGAAGGGCUGGCGAUGGUGAGGAGCAGGACGAGGAGCGGGAGCGCGCCGAGCGAUUUGCGGUUCAAGAGGGAUUCGGCGGCGAUGAGGAGGAGUUCUGCGCCGGAUGGGAGCGCGGUGAGUGCGGCGGAUGCUGUUUGA